AUGCUCUCCAUGGCUUUAAAAGAGUCCCCAUCCAACUUGCCAGAGCGCCUCCACCGAGCUACUGAGAAGCUCCGAACUGUCAUGAGAAUGAAGUCUUGGUCACCGAGUCGUUCGCGGAAGCAGCAGAAGAAGGACGAGUCGGGCCGCUGCUAUCUUAUGGAGCUGCCCACGGAGCUGCUGCUGGAGAUUGUUUCCCACCUGAAUUUGAUCCCGGAAGCCGCCUUUGCGCUGACCUGCAAGCGCAUGUUUGCGAUCUCCGGAGAAAUACUCAAAUCUAAAUCCCUCCGAUUCACUCGAGACUUUGCGCCACUUUUCCAUCACUACCGCAAUGGUCACAACUUUGUCACGCCGCGAUGGCAGUUUAUAAAUCUACUGGAGAACACCCGUUGGCGUGUGUGCUCUAAGUGCUUGAAGCUGCACCCCCGGGUUGCAUUUGCCUCUCGAGAACUCAGACGCAAAUCGGAUAAUCGAACAUGCAAUGUGGGCGAAUUGGCAGGAAUUGUUGACCUAUGUCCCUGCAAGAAAUUGACCUUCCGAGAUAAGCUAGAUCUUGUGGACCACCUACGCAUUCGGAAAAUCUCGGUCGAUGCCUUGAAAACACAGUUCGGAGACAGAGUUGGCGACCGGUACUGCUGGCAUUCAUGCACGGAGCAGUACGGUUCGACCGAGCUGAAGGUGUCGCUGUUCCCCGAGCUCGAUGAGGAGGAUCAGUUGGUUAUGCGUACAGAGUAUCAGCUCACGACCGAGUCGGGCCAGGUGGGCAAGGAGGAGUACAUGACUCCGCGCUUUGGAUGCGCUCAUCGAUCCGUCGAUCUCUGGCUUUCCAGCGUCUAUCAGACCACCAUCUGUCGUCUCUUCGACUCUUUCUGCGCCUCUUGCCGUCGCAUCUCGGUCUGCGGCGCCUGCAAUACCGCAUUGAAGUGUCCUCGGAAACAGCCAUUCCAUUCCGAAGAGUCUGGAAAAGAUACAUUUUACUUCUGGACACAGCGAAACCUUGGCAGCUCAAAUCCCAUCCCCGACGCUGCCUGGGGUAUUCAGCGGAUCCACCCCGCGGAACCGUCGAUCGGCGUGGAGAACUGCAACGAGCUUUGCCCGUGGACGGUACGGGAACAUCCACCUCUCGCAUUUACUCCAAGUAUUGGCGAGGAGGUUAUUGAGCCUGCCAUGAGCAGCCAACCUCUCGAUUCACUAUAUUCGUCCAUUCGCAUGUUGUAA